CUGCGUGGCCCCUGGGCGCAUGGCGCCCAGCAGCACCAAAAGGACUACAGUGAUAUAGACACUUAUUUAACUAGGUCUAUUGAAAUCAGCUUGAUAAAAUCAGUGUGUCAUGACUGUUCUGCAGUCCAUCAUUCUGACCGGUAGAACAUAUAGAAAUUUUGUAUACUAUUUUAUUAUUGGGAGUUUGUACAAGAAGUGGCUGUGGUGCACCUAAGAAAUUAUACAAAAUGUACAUGUCAUGUGAGCACCACUGAUUCAUCAAAGUAACUCAAAAUAAUUCUUAUAUAUUAUCCAAAGGUGUUUGACUGCUAACAUAUGAGAUUCCAUUGCAGACAGAGCAGUGAAGUUGAUUGUAAAGGACCCAAGAUUGGAGGAAAAAAUGGAGAAAAAGUCAAGGGGCAGAUCUUUCAAGACAAAUGCAGCCCAGAAAUUGCAUACUCCCAAAGUCCGUGUGUUUGGACGAUUGGUUACUCCCCAGCCUGGUGGAACUCCGUCUUGGAAUGGGAGUCAUCAGGCUCCGUAUCGGGUUACAUACACUUGGAACCGCGGUGGGAGGUUAAAAGAACUCCGCAUCAGACACCUGGCUAGAAAGUUCCUCUAUUUGUGGGCGAAAAAGACAUUUGGACAAGUUCUUCCUUCCAAAGCCAGAGCAAUUGCAUUGGUUUCUGCGCAGACAUGCCAGAUUUACACCAAUGAAGAAUUUGGCCUUUCAUUUUAA